GCUGAGAGUCACAUGAUGACAGACAGAAGCGGCAAGAUGGCGGAUAGAUCACUUCUGUUUCUCUUCAGCUUCCUCUGGCCAUGGCUGCCGCUCACAGCCUCCACCCAGCAGGUCCCCGUCCUCCUGUGGUCCAGCGAGAGCUCAUUGUGGAUGUCACAGCCUAGUGCACAUCGAGGGCAUGUUACCACGGAUAUUGAACUCGGCCAGUAUCUGGACCCGGCGCUAGUCACUGGCCCACGGAAUGUUCUGCUCUUUCUUCAGGAGAAGCUGAGCAUUGAGGACUUCACGGCAUUUGGGGGAGUUUAUGGAAACAAGCAGGACAGUGCUUUUCCAAACCUUGAGAGCAUUAUGGAAUCCUCUCCAUCUUCCCUGGUUCUCCCAGCAGUGGAUUGGUAUGCGGCUAACAUCCUCUCCACCUAUCUGAAAGAGAAGAUUGGGGUCAGUCCUCUGCAUGUUGAUCAGUCCACACUACUAGAGCUAAAAUUAAACGAAAGUAUUCCAUCUCUGCUUGUGGUCAGGUUGCCAUAUGCUAAUAGUGCUGGAAUAAUGACUGCUAAAGAUGUCCUGAGAGCCAAUGAUGAGGUGAUUGGUCAGGUCCUGAGCACGCUGAAAUCUGAGGGUGUUCCCUAUACUGCAAUACUGACAGCACUCCGACCAUCACGGGUGAUCCAGGAAUCUGCAUUUGCUGUGGGUAAUUUGGGUCGACAGCUACUUGAGACAGCACAGCAAAACAAUAGCUACCCCCCCGUGUUCUUUAAUGGUUCAGAUAACACUCCGUGCAUCCUAUUCUGGGCCACCAAUAUUUCUGUUGUAGUGAAUGGUUCGAGGCUGGACCUGACAAACAGGACAUUUAUGACAAAGGAUGUAGAUGUGACUGAUUCCCACUGCAACACUAGCAGUGCCAAGCUGGUGCUGAAGUACAAUAAUGCUGUUGGGAGUAACACUUUGACAUUAUCCUUCCAAUUUUCCAGCCGCUUUUACUCGGUGUCUGGUCGCUUCUGGUUCACAUUGAACCAAGUGCAGAUAGAUUACAACAGCCAGAAUGCUACCUUCCUGGCUCCGCAAGUCACCGCGCCCAGCAAUUAUUCUUUCCACUGCCAGUAUGUCAAUGACAAUGCGUUGUACGGUGGUCUUCUUGUGAGCAACACCAGCAAAGCAUCCACUUCCUCCAACUGGAAUCUGGAGAUGGUUGACUUCCAGAUCCAGGCUUUCAAUGUGACAGGCAUGAAAUUUUCUUAUGCAAGUGACUGUGCCAGUUUCUUCUCCCCUGGAAUCUGGAUGGGUCUCAUCACAACACUGCUGUUCGUCUUUAUUCUUACCUUUGGACUGCACAUGGUCAUGAAUUUGAAGACUAUGGAUCGGUUUGAUGACCCGAAGGGCCCAACAAUAUCUGUUCCCCAGACAGAGUGAUACUGAGCUUAGCCCAUUCAUUGAAACCUUUUCAUAUCUUCUAUCAUCAGCUCCUCCUCUCCUCUAAGCCUUUAUCAUAAUGAAUGUUGAUGUCUUGUGAUCUUGAUUUGAGAGUUGUGUAUCUUUGCUUAAAGUACUGUAAAUUGUAAGAAUUUUGUUUUAUAGUAGCUACAUCUAUUGAAAACACUGCUGAUACGGAGUUAGUUUAAAGGGGUAAUUAUUCCACAUUGCUAAGGGGUGUAAACAUCAGGCAAUGUUUAUUAUUAAAAUAUCUGCUUCUUCAGGAAUAGCAUUGGGAAGGAGCGUCACAUCCACCAUAAAUGACCGAAUAGAGGAAAACCGAAUUCCCACUCUGCCCCCACGUUACUCUAUGAAGCUGCCAUCGCAUGCUAGUUUGCUGGAAGUUAUAUUUAAUGGGCUAUUGGAUAUAUAAGUAGCGAUUGACUGAUUCUUUAUGUGUAUAUAUGGUGUCACUUGGCGUAAAGUAAUUUAUUUGUUUGAACCUUUGUAGCUGUCAGUAUGUGUAAAGUGGGAGCAUUUUCAUACAUUUUACCUUUCUGCUGUAAACCAUUCACUGUAAUAAACAUGUUCUACAAAUAU